AAUGCGCAAUGCAAUGCUGCAUUCUUAGAUUAAACUGUCAAUCGUUGCCUCGUAGACAAAUGUUUGUUAUUUUACCGGAAAGUCGAAAAUGAAUGCACCUCCGUCAUUCGAAUCAUUUCUUCUGUUUGAAGGAGAAAAAAAAAUCGUAGUCGAACAGGACACGAAAGUUCCGAAUGCAGCUAUCUUCACAGUAAAUAAGGAGGACCACACUCUUGGAAACAUGAUUCGUUGCCAGUUGCUGAAAGAUCCUAAUGUGUUGUUUGCUGGCUACAAGCAGCCUCAUCCACUGGAACACAAAUUCAUCUUGAGGAUCCAGACUUCCCCUUCCUAUUCACCUCAAGAUGCUUUGAUGAAUGCCAUCACAGAUCUUAUUUCAGAACUCUCCCUUCUCGAAGAGCGAUUUCGCGUAAUAUUUUUGUAUUCAAGUCUAAGAACAAACAGCAUAAUAACAAUAUAAAAAAUUUCUUUAUGUAGGACGCCGUACGAGAAAAGCGAGAGGGCUUAGAAUAGAAAACUAAUAAUUCACAAAUAAACACAUGGAAGCAU